AGCGCAGGAACCACAGCUGCAGACGCCGCAAGUUGUUCCUGGAUGCAAUGGAGGGUGAAGGUGGCGUGCUCAAAGAAGGCUUCCUGGUGAAGAGGGGUCACCUGGUCCACAACUGGAAGGUGAGAUGGUUCGUCCUGAAGCAGAACUCGUUGCUGUACUACAAGCUGGAGGGAGGGAGGAAAGAGGUGCUUCUCAAAGGACAGAUCCUUCUGGACGGCUGCACUAUCACCUGCCCCUGCCUGGACUAUGAGAACAGACCGCUCGUCAUUAAGCUGAGGACCAAGACGUCCACGGACUAUUUCCUGGAGGCCUGUUCUCGAGAAGAGCGGGACGCCUGGGCCUUUGAAAUCACCGGGGCCAUUCACGCCGGCCAGCCCGGCAAGAUCCGGCAACUCCACGUCCUGAAAAACUCCUUCAAGCUUCCCGCCAACAUCAGCCUGAACCUCAUAGCGAAACAAAUGCACGAUGGCAACAGCCGUAUCCGGCCGGCCCCCAACAUGGAGCAAGGCAGCACCUAUAAGAAAACUUUCACAGGCUCUGCCCUGGUGGACUGGCUCAUCUCCGGGCAGUUUGUGGCCAGCCGGCUGGAGGCCGUCACCCUGGCUUCGAUGCUGAUGAGCGAGAACUUCGUCCAGCCCGUUGGGGCCCGCAGCAGCGAGGCCGUCCGCUCCGGGGACCUGGCCGACCAAUUCCUCGACGACUCCACGGCCCUAUAUACCUUCGCUGAAAGCUACAAGAAGAAGAUGAUUAGCCCGAAGGAGGAUGUCGACCUCAACACCGUUGAACUCAGUGGCACCAUAAUUAAGCAGGGAUAUUUAGCCAAGCAGGGACACAAGAGGAAGAAUUGGAAGGUGAGGCGCUUUGUACUGAGGAGUGAGCCUGCUUUCCUGCACUACUACAACCCUUCAAAGGAAGAGAACAGGCCAGUGGGAGGAUUUUCUCUCCGCGGCUCCCUCGUGUCCGCUCUGGAAGAUAAUGGAGUUCCCACGGGGGUCAAAGGGAACGUGCAAGGCAAUCUCUUCAAAGUGAUCACCAAGAAUGACGUUCACUAUUACAUCCAGGCCAGCAGCAAGGCGGAGCGGACUGAGUGGAUCGAAGCCAUCAAGAGGUUAACGUAAGCCCCGGAAGAAGAUGGUCCUAACGGGAAGGGGUAUGGAUUGGCCUUUCCAGACUAGAAAACUCGGAUGGUUGGCUUCACCAUCCCUGGAAGCCCCUAACGAGGCGAUUAACCCGCCAAGUGCUCUGCACUGAGUUUGCUCUUUGUUCCCAUUUUGCUUCUUCCCCUUGGACGAGGGGAUUUGUCCACCUCUUUGGUAGCAAAUAGUUGGAAACUGUAACCUCACCAGUGGGCAGGAUGGGUUGGGAUUUUGCUUCACUCCCCAAAAUUCCUCAGGUGACCUACUCACGAAGACAAGAAUCACCCCAACUUCUGUAUCCUCUCUUAUGCCUUUCGGUUACAGAUGAGUCCUCUUGCUUUUAUAAUACCGUAUUUGUUAAGCGCUGACGAUGUGCCAA